CUCUCUCUCUCUCUCUCUCUCUUUUUUAAUUCUCAUUUAAAUCUCAUUAAUUGUUUUUUUUUUAUCCCAAUUUCAAAAUUUUUUUUUGGCUUCUUCAUACCCAAAUUCGCCUUUUUUUUGGUAUAAUCAUUUUGUGAAACGUUUUAUUGGUGUUUAUUAGAUCAAGAUCGAAACAAUUUUGUUGGGUUCUGAUCCUUUUCACGUUUCUUUGCGUCUGGGUUGAGAAUUUCCUCAAAUUUCUCCUUUUUUGGGGUUUUACUUUUUCAUGAUUCACACCCAAAGAUUGGGCUUUUUUAUUUUUUCUUUUUUUUUUCCCCAUUUUUAAUGUAUUUUUUUUGAUGUUUCUUAGAUCAAAGAUCAAACCAGUUUCGUUGGUUUCUUAUUUGGGUUGAGAAUUUCCAUCCAAUUCCAUGUAUUUUUGCUUCCACAAUCCCUAAUUGUUGCAUUUUCAUGAUUCGCAUCCAAAUUCGGUUCCGUUCUAGUUCGAUUUUAUCUUUCUUUUCCGCAUUAGGGUUAUAGAAAAAUUUACACCAUUGAUACCAUCCUCUUUGCGAAUUCCAUGGAUUCGCGGGGCGCGAAGCAUAACUGUCGCAAUGGGAGCAACAACAAGUGUAGUCCAAUUGUGUUGGGCCCUGUUGUUGUUGGAGUGAACAGGAGAGAAGAGGAGGAGAGUGUGAGGAGGUCUCUUUUGCCGCCGCGGGGGGCGGAGAAGGGGGGGACGGCGCGCAAGUUUCGGAAGGGGGGGUCGCGGCGGAAGGUGCAGUGGAAUGAUAGGAAGGGGAAGAAACUCGUCGAAGUGUUAGAGUACCAGCCGAGUGAUUCGAGUGAUUCAGAUGACGAUUAUCUCGACUCGUGCAUAUGCUCCAUGAUGUAAGAUCACACUAUAUUUGUUCCUCUUACUAUGAAUGCAAGUAACUACUGAAACACACAUCCUGUUUGGAGUUGCUGUAUGCGAAAAUGCCCCAAGUUUUCUUCGUAGCAAUCUUUUUAGUUAUCAUUAUUAACAUCUUAUGAGCGAACAAUUAGUGCUCGAGAGAGUUGAUGAGGAUGUUUGCAGAAAUGUUCGCAGAUCAUUGAGAGUACAAGUGUUCAGCAGAGGAAAAAGGUGGUAAAAGAGAAAUUCGAAUUACGGCUGCUGUACAAAUUCUAUAUUUAUUCUUUUCAUGAAAAAUAUAUUUCCGGAUC